CAUCAUACCACCACGAUUUCUCUAGCCAGCAUUCGCACUGUUCUCUCCUCUUCCUCCUUAUCGACCAUGUUUCCCGCACCGUUCAAUAUCUAAAGCACCGAAGCAACUGGUGUACAAAGAUCUUGCCAUGAAGUUCUCACAUCUGACCCGAAGCGUGUUCCGCGCAAUCCUCGCCAAUAAACCAUACACCAUCCGAGGCUGUCAAAGCGUCAUUGGAAGGAGAACACUCUCUCAAUACACCCGCACCUCCUACCACUUCCACCACAGACGCCACCUCUUUGGUCUGAACUUUGAUGGUGCUAGGCAAGGCUUCCAGGGUGCUAAAAGCACUCCUGCCAAUGUCGAACUUGCGCUGAGCAAGCUGGUUGAUCUCAUUAGGGCGAGAAGAAGCCAGUCGCGAUUACCUUCAGAUAACGAGAUUAUUGAUGCUCUCAGAUUUCUCUUCACCUCAAGAAUUGAGACGCCGCGACGGCUAACGAGAAAUGAGGUAUUCCUGGCUACAGAGGCUUUCAAGCAUCUACAAGAGCGUGGACAUGUUUUGACAGAGGACACAAAGACGAGUCUAUCAGAAGAAGACCUGGACAAUAUUUUGCUGGCAUUGGCAUCUGCUACAGGCCAUGAUAGAUUUCGGACCGAUGCCCGCAUUUUAGCAACCUUGGUCUUUGAUGCACUCAAAGAUUGGCCGAGGGCUGCCGGGGCCGCGGAGGAUCUAGAGCUUCCUGUCCAACAGGGUCAACAUCAACGGGCUCAAGGUUCACUCUUGUUGACCUAUAUUACCGUGCUCUCCAAGACAGGGUCCGCCCAGGAUGCUUUAGAACUCCUUCGCAAAUCUCCCAACAACUCUGAAAGGGCCAGCCUUCCGAUGUGGACAGCCGUUUUGAGAGGUCUGGCCAAUGAAGGGCGAAUGUCAGAGUUCUGGAAGCUCAGUCAAGAGGUGCAGAAAACUGUGGGGCCUCUGGAUGCUGUCUCUCAAGAGAUAUUGAUCACUUAUUUCGCUCAGCAUGACGAGAUAUCUACCUUGAAAAAGGUCUUUUCCCUGCCCUUAGCGGAAGGCCAAGUGCCGACAACGCCGACAUUAGUCAAGGUUGUGGACUGUGCGAUGCAGAAUGGGGAGCUGGAAUGGGGCGCAAAGCCAGUGCACCUGCUGCAACAGAGGACCGACUCAGGAGAUUUGGCAGGGACUUUACUUCUCUGGCAUGCUACGCAUGAUCCAGAUGUGAAUCACAUACGGCAGAUGAUUCAGCAGCUAUCAGAACGUGGGGUUACCGACGCAGUAUCCAUGAGGAGCCUAAACCGUAUUGUUGAGUACGCCUAUGCGCAAAACAACCCUGAGACAGCCAUACGUUAUCUGGACCUGGCCGAAUCUCUCGGCCUUCACCCAGACGCCAGGACUCGAGCAUUACAGUUAAAUUACGAACUGAGGCGUGGAGAUCGUGCGGCUGCAGCCCAGGCGUACGAGCUCCUCUCCAGAGAAGAUAUCCCUCUCGACAGGUCGGACGUGCCAAUUCUGAAUCACUACAUCGCUGCUUUAUCCUUUUCAGCAGACCCAGAAUACAUUCACCUCAUGCAAGUCGUCGACCACCUCCUCGAAAGUGGGGCGGAGCUGGAGGCUGAAGCUAUCGCGGGUUUGUGCCACGUCUUCCUUCAAAAGGACGAAUUAGAAGAGGCAACGGGUCUGCUCCGCCACAGAGUGGACUGCUAUCCCAUGGAUGACCGGGCUCGAAUUGCUGCGGUGUUCCGCCAGUUCAUCAUCGACCCGACUGUCAAGGAUCAGCGGGCUUAUAACGCCUACGAACUGUUUCGCCAUGCGUUCCCCGAAUCCCCGGUCCAAGACCGCGUUACUCUAAUGCAGUCAUUCUUUGAUCGGCAUCGUCCUGACCUAGCAUGCCUCGUGUUUGGCCAUAUGCGGCAGCGUGAAGACGUUGAAGCUCGACCCACGGCCGAAGCAUACGCUAAAUGCUUCGAGGGUAUUGCCAAGUGUAAGGAUAUCGACGGAUUGCAAAUGGUCUACAACAUGCUCAAACUCGACUUGGAAGUUGAACAGACGACACGCAUCCACAAUGGUCUUAUGGCAGCGUAUACGGAAUGUCAACAACCAUUUGUCGCGAUCAUUGAUCAUUUUUGGAAGAUUAUGGAGUCGCGCGAGGGGCCUACAUUGAGCUCUUUCAUCCUUGCUUUGCGGGCGUGUGAGAGGUGGAUACCGCAGGGCGGACAUGAGGCAAGGCGUAUUAUGGCGCUAAUGCAGAGUUUCAACCUCGUCAUCACCAAAGAAGUAUAUGAUGCCUACAUUGGCGCCCUGGCUGGACAAUCCGAAUUCGAAAACGUCGUGGAACUGAUUGAGCACAUGGAGCGUGAUAUAGGCGAGCUGCCGGAUGCUGUCACCAUUGGCACAUUUUACAACGCAAUUCCCUGGCAGUAUCGCAAGGACGAGGUGGAGAGGUGGGCCAAACAGGCCUAUCCAGACCUCUGGGCCGAGUUGGAAAGCUAUGGCGACGUUAUUGAUGAGGAGUGGGAGAUUAGGUAUUUCAAGGUUGAUCGCUCGGUGGACAUGGACGACGAACUCUUGUUUCAGAAGGGCAAAUAUCAUCCGGUCAUUGCACAAGAAAGUCAAGCGGCGUUGGAAACUCCCGUGCACUGAGAAGCGUCCCUUGUCUAACCGGACUUUGUUGUCGAUAUGAGCCUGUCGGAUGGGUGUUGUUUUCCGUUCUCUAGUUUGACAGCGACGGUAUAGACCGAAUUUCCUUCCAGGCAUGCGACGAGGAGUUGAUCCCAGCAGGGGAGUUAUAAAUUACUUGUUCCCGUAUAAAAUGAUAUGUUUCCCAUGGUUGA